UUCAAUUUUGAAAGAAAAGUGUAACUUUAGCAGACUGCCAAGUAUUCAAACUUAAUUUUUAAUAACACUUCUUGUCAGUUGAUUGUUUGUGGCCAUUUAUAAUACAUAGAAACGCGUCGAUAUGUCACCUUGCAAAUUACCAGCCUAACAGUUUAGGAAGGAAGAAUCUUGUGGAAGACGGUAUGUAAGCGUUAGCCUGCAUGCUAGCCAUUGACAUCUGUUUGUUUUCCUUCUGAACUGAGCUCGUGACCAUGGAGAAGAUCUCCAAAGAUGUAGGAGACAUUCAGUCCAGACUGAUUGACCACAGACCUAUCAUCCAAGGAGAGAUUAGAUAUUUUGUCAGAGAAUUUGAGGAGAAGCGUGGCUUCAGAGAAAGCCGUUUGCUGGAGAGCCUGAGUAAGAUGGUGACUGACACUAAUGAACAGGCCAUGACCAGAUGCGCACAGAGCAUGCACGACAGCUUGUGUGAAGUACUCACCCGCCUGGAGGCGUCCAAUCACAUGGCUCGGAGGAUCCAGCAGAGGGAGCUAGAGGCUCAGCAGAGCCCACGUCUGCAGGAGUGUGUGGAGAGGCGUAAGGUGGACUGGGAGGAGUUUAUGAAGGAGCAGGAGCGUCUGAAACAGGAGGUGGAUGAGGAGCACGCUAAAGCAGUCAGCCGACUCAGUACACAGUACAGUGAAAUGAAAAAAGACCUCGCCAAACAAACACACUUCUGAGGACCUGCACACUGUGUGUGUGUGUGUG